AUGCCCCAUCUGAUCUAUCACCACAUGGGGCGAGUCACUCUAUGUUCAACCCACCUUAAACCACUUAAAAAAACACAAGAUAAAACAAAGUGUUUUCUUCCUCAGGAUACCUUGAUGUACAAAACUAUUGCGCAAGAAAAGAUACCAAAAAACAAAAGCAAGUCUUCCAUGAGCUCCCCAGCGCCCAGCAGCCCCCAGCCUCCCGCCACGGUGGACUGGAACGUGUCUGUCCCCGAAAACCCAGCUCUUUCUGCUAGACACAAAACAUCGGGCCAGAUUUUUCUUCAAAACUGGCUCCAGACCCAAGCUGAAGUGGAUACCCCUCAACGAUGCAACGAGCACCUACCCUGGAACAAUGAGCUCACUCCCGGCGACCCUCCGCGGCCCAUCCGACGUCUGAGCUUUCCUAGCCUCACUCCUCCUGGCGUAUCAUUCUCGGUGGGCUCGUCGGUGCCCUCCACUUCGAGCAACUCGAUCGAGAUUGCGCGUCGCAACCUCUCGAGCCAGAUCCCUGGCGACUUUGAGGGCGAUCUGUCAGGUGAGCUGAAUGAUGACGGACAAGUUACCGACUUCAACGACUUCUCCUGCGUUGCUCAAGCGCUCAAAGACAAAACCUUUUCGGGUCUCAGCAGCUUCGACAGCAGAGACAGGUACUUUGACGAGUCCGAACCGCUCAACUUUGGCAACCUGCCAUUUCUCUCAGCGACCCACGCUCUGCUUGACAAGAGUUUGAAGGGGAGAGUGAACCGUGAUAGCUCAAAUGGCCGAAUUCCAUCUAUCGACAACGAGAAUUCCAUUCUAGACGAAUUCAGCGACGCAUGCAGUAACGAAGACUCGUUAUACGAGAGUCCUGACGAGAACCGCAGUUUUGGAGCUUACAGUUGUGAUUCCGAUGGACCCACUCCCGUCACUACAUUCCCCAGAGAUACCCACCCGGAGACCAGUUCUGGAGUCCACAGCAUGACGGACAUGGCUCUCGAGAUGUUGAGCAUUAUCGCUAGUCUGGAUACCAUCACCAUUAACAAGCUGCAUCGUCUGUUCAGUAUCGCUGGUCAAGGUGACAUGACUGUGGCUGUUGAGCGGCUCCAGAAACAUUUGCGGCCACGAAAUGAUCUGCCAUCUCUGUUUGCCGGAAAUACGCAGAGUGUGUAUUCUCAGCCCGUGGAGACGGCAAUGGUGACUGAGGUGACCCCUUUGUUGAGUACCGCCAUACCGUCAGAUACCCCCAAGGAUGAUUCCAAGUAUUCCACCUGGCAGCGGGUCAAGCGCCGAGUCUCGCAUUCUUUUAAAAUCUAG